AUGAGUCAAAGUAAUUCGCUUCAAGAAGUUCCAAGCAUCAUCUCUCAAGAUCAAACCUGCAGUACAUGCCAUAAUGUUAAAAAACCUGAAAACUUUUACCGUUCUCGUGGUGAACGUCCUCCACAAAAGUUCGCAGCCUGCAAUCAAUGUUCUGAGAGACGUAAAAAUAAAUGUCAAGAAACUGAUAUAAUCUCCAGAAAGAAAAUAAAAUUUGAAUCCAAAAUAAAUGAUUUUAUUCCCAGUACAGAUGUCAAUAACUUGAAAGAGUCGAAUAUGUUGGAAGAUGCCAAUUUUUUUGGAAAUCGAAAUCCAGAAACAUCAUCUCCAGUAAAAGAGAAUAUUGAUAGUGAACAAAAUAACAUUG